GGGAGCCACCGAGCGGCACGGAGCCCGGCCCGCCGCCCGCGCCCCGCCGAGCCCGGCCCGCCCGCCGCCGCCUUCGCCCCCAUGAUGGGCUCGGUGCUGCCCGCCGAAGCCCUGGUGCUCAAGCCCGGGCUGAAGCCUCAGGGGCUCUCGCUGGCCGAGGUGAUCACCUCCGACAUCCUGCACAGCUUCCUCUACGGCCGCUGGAGAAACGUCCUGGGCGAGCAGCUCUUCGAGGAGAAGAGCAGCCCCAAGACCGCCUUCACGGCCGAGGUCCUGGCUCAGUCCUUCUCCGGAGAGGUGCAGAAGCUGUCCAGCCUGGUGCUGCCGUCGGAAGUGAUCAUCGCCCAGAGUUCCAUCCCCGGGGAAGGGCUCGGCAUCUUCUCCAAGACCUGGAUCAAGGCCGGCACCGAGAUGGGACCGUUCACGGGCAGGGUCAUCUCGCCGGAGCAUGUGGACCUGUGCAAGAACAACAACCUCAUGUGGGAGGUCUUUAAUGAAGACGGCACGGUGCGGUACUUCAUCGAUGCCAGCCAGGAGGACCACCGCAGCUGGAUGACCUACAUCAAAUGUGCACGGAAUGAGCAGGAGCAGAACCUGGAGGUGGUCCAGAUUGGGAACAGCAUCUUCUACAAGGCAAUUGAGAUGAUUCCUCCGGACCAAGAGCUGCUGGUCUGGUAUGGGAACUCCCAUAACACCUUCCUGGGCAUCCCAGGUGUGCCGGGGCUGGAAGAGGAGCAGAAGAAGAACAAACAUGAGGACUUCCACGCAGUGGAGACGGGGGCCAGCACGACGGGGCGCAUGCGCUGCGUCAUCUGCCACCGGGGCUUCAACUCCCGCAGCAACCUGCGCUCCCACAUGCGCAUCCACACCCUGGACAAGCCCUUCGUGUGCCGCUUCUGCAACCGCCGCUUCAGCCAGUCCUCCACCCUCCGCAACCACGUCCGCUUGCACACCGGCGAGCGUCCCUACAAGUGCCAGGUUUGCCAAAGUGCCUACUCCCAGCUCGCCGGGCUGCGGGCACACCAGAAAAGCGCCCGCCAUCGGCCCCCCAACGCCUCCCUGCAGGCUCACUCGCCGGCCCUGCCCGUGCCCCAUCCCGCCUCCCUGGCCCAUCACAUCCCCACCAUGGUGCUGUGAACCCCCGGCGCGGCAGCGGGUUUUUGGACAGCAAAGACUGGAGCUGAGACAUGCAAUGAACUGGGGGGUGUUGGCCCUCGGCAGAGCUGGGAGGCAGAGGCAGGGCUGCUUUGUGUUGAAGGGAGGAUGCUGGUGGUUUUUUGUUUGUGGUUUUUUUUUUUUUUUUUUGAGCUUCACCAUUUGCGUGGGGUUUGGGAGGCUGUUCGGUGAGCAAGGGGACCCCCCCCCCCGCCAGCUCUGCAAGCUGCUGGUGCAGCCAUACCGUGCGGAAUCCUCCCCGGGGAGAUGCGGUGUAGGGUGAGCUGGUGGUCCCUGGGGUUGGCAGGGGGAGAAGGGCAAACGGACACAGUGGAACAUCCUGCGUGGAUUUGCAGGUGUAUGGGAGGAGGGCUGGGGCAGCCUAAAAGCUGGGCCUGGAUGAGUGAUGCCAGGGUUUUACAGAUAAUUUGAUGGAAAGAAAAACUGUUCUUAAGCCUCCUCCUCUGCUCCAGCGAGUGUCCGGCGGAGACAUGUGCCCCGUUGAAAGGCUGGCACAGCCCUGUUGUGGCCACCCCAUUCAUGCCUGUUUACUCCAGGGGCAGCUUUGGCCCUGGUGGCUCUUUCCAAAGGGACACAUUUCC